GGGAGUAGAGAAAAACUCGGACAGCAGCUCGGCAGUCUUGGCAUCUUAAAUACCAGAAGUGUGACAGUGAAGAGAGACCAGGUCACACUGAUGAAAUAUAUCUGGCUAUAUAGUAAAUUAAAUUAAAAGAGUAUCUGUAAUAUUUACUGACACAUGCAAUUCAAAUAAUUUGAAAAAAAAAAUUCAAAGCUUCACAUCUGAUAAGCUGUCAUAAAAAAAUAAUGAAAGCAGAAUGUGUGGAUAUAUAUUAAAAUACUGUUUGGCAGAUCUAGUGCUUUAGAUCAGAUUUGGCUUCAGUGUUAGGAAUCUGAGUUUGAAAUGCUCUUUAAGUGCCAGCCCUGGGUGUUGCUGACAGGACGCCACAAGCUAACACCAGUGCUGGGCCACCGACCCAAAGCGCCGAGUCCAGCGGGACCCCACAGAGCGGAUGGGGACACUGGCGGCCUCCCGACGUCAAACGCUCGAAACGCGACCGGAGGCACCCUCAGAAGAAGGAGCCACCGGGGUGUGAGGAGCCACCUCCGCCCCUGCCCCAAACCCCGGGACCAUCUGCGGUCCCGUCCCCGCGGGGAAGGAGGAGCCGCCCCAGGGGGAAGGAGGAGCCGCCCCGGGCCCCGCCGCCCCCUACCCGCCACGGCCCCGCCGGGGAGCGGCGGCCGCCCGAGUCUCGCGAGAACGGGCGCUGCCGCCGCCAUGGAGCCGCCGGUGCGCGGCCCGCCGGGGCUGUCGGCCGUGCUGGCGAGCACGGACUGGUCCGAGCCCUGGCUGCUGGGGCUGGCCGCCUUCCACCUGCUCUGCCUGCUGCUGACGUGCGCGUCCCUGCAGCACCGCCGCGUGCAGGUCGGGCACUUCCUCUGCAUGGUGGGCUUAGUGUACUGCGCUGAAUAUAUCAAUGAAUUAGCAGCCAUGAAUUGGAGGCUCUUUUCUAAAUACCAAUACUUUGAUUCAAGAGGAAUGUUUAUUUCACUUGUAUUUUCAGCACCACUGCUGGUGAAUACUAUUAUAAUUGUGGUCAGCUGGGUUUACAGAACUUUGAAUGUAAUGACUGAACUAAAGAUGCUACAGCAGAGAAGGAAAGUAGAAAAAGAGAAAAAGAAGUGAAAGUGCCAGACUUUUUCUUUCUUCAGUUGUAAUAAUUUCUGUCUGGGUAAUCAGUCCUUCUGUAUGGGUAUGCAGGAACAGAAGUAUUUUUGUGUCCAGUGUCAAGAGUACUUUGUAAUUGUGGCUGUGGACAUAGAGGUGAAAGCAGGUAUUUACAGUACAUUGGAAUUGGCUGUGAAAUUAUGAAACCAGUCUUAACAAGUCUUUGUGCCCUUCGGUGUGUGAUUCUUUUCCUCCAUGACCAAGGCUGUUAGUAUUGAUGAGACACAAUCUUCCAGUUUCCAUUUGCCUCUGUGUUUUUUAACUGUGUCUUUAUUCUGUACUUAUCAAGUAUCAGUUAUUCUGAUGCUUAAGCAAAUUGGAGCUGUGUUGUGAAUUACAGUAAAUGAGAGAUUUCAUUCAGAAUAACUCAGGAAUCUAUGCUUCUGUGAAGCACUUCACUUCUUUAUAAAUCAAGUUUCAUACUUUCUGUGUGUACUGUGUGCCAGUGGCAUUUUAUAAAUAAAACUAUCCAUUCACUGUA